AUGCACCAAUUCAAAGGAAAAUGGGCCCUCCUUCAGUUCUGUCAGUCGAAGAAGAAGGAAAGCUGGAAGACUGGAUUUUGGCUAAAGCCAAACUUGGUUUUCCAAUUCAUGCUGACGAAGUCAUGGACACUGUGCAGAAAAAUAGUAAAAGACGAGGGUAGAGAAACUCCAUUUAGUGACGGCCGGCCAGGAAAGAAAUGGCUAGAACUUUUUUUGAAAAGACACCCCAACAUUGCAAAAGACAAUACGGAAAUUAUAUCAAAGGCAAGAGCCUCUGUAACGGAACCACAAAUAAGAGAGUGGUUUUCUGAAUUGAAGAACUACUUAAAAGAUGUCAAUGCAGAAGAUAUUUUAAAUGAUCCAACCAGGAUUUUUAAUUUGGAUGAAACAGGUAUGUGUACCUGCCCAAAAUCAGGUAAAGUUCUUGGGCCAAAAAGCUAUAAAAACUUCUACGAAAUAUCUCCUGGGCCAGAAAAAGAGUGCAUAACAGUUUUAUGCACAUUUUCUGCAGCAGGCAAGGUAGUUCAGCCUAUGAUUGUGUAUCCUUUCAAAAGGAUGCCACGUGAUAUAGUUGACUCUGUCCCUCCCACAUUUUCUAUAGGGAGGAGUGAUUCAGGUUGGAUGGUCAGUGGUACUUUUUAUGAGUACAUGGCCAAUUCAUUGUAUCCAUGGCUGGUUGAUUCUAAAGUACAGCUACCUGUCUUGGUGUUUUUUGGAUGGCCAUAA